AGAGUGCCAUUUUAUAGCAUUAAUGUUAACUUGUUACCAAGCGGUGGAAAACGGUUUUCUUCAUCCGGCCGAUCAAGCAAACGGUGGUAAAUACAGAAAUUGGAUUAUACCAGGCUUAUUAUUGUAUAUCUUUAAGACUGGUGUCUCAUCCACAGUGCCCUAGAUGAUAUAAAGCGUUUGAUGCUCAGAACACCUGUUUUUGGUUACGCAGCUGAAAGGCAUGCCAGUUGGUAGAUAUCUUAGGAGCCUGCAGUAGGUAGCUACAGUAUCUCCGAAGACAGUCAGAGUACAGUAGCUGAGGAUUGCCAAUGAACUGCCCUCUACUAUGUUAUUCUAAGCUGAUACGAUGGUUUAUCCUUUACACACCAGGUGAGAUAAACAUCUAUUAUCUUAACUAUCCUAUUUUCUUAAGCACUUAAUAUACAACUACAAGCACUUGUGUACACACAUACUCAUGAUUGGAAACUAGAGAUGGACAUCCUUAUAUCUACAGAUAUUAACCUCUAAAUUUACUACACUGACAGAUAGUCAAGUACAGUAGAUACUCUCUACUAUACACACGAGAGGUGUGUUCAGUUUUGUGUUGACAACUUGUAGUAGUUGUCGAUGUGUUUGUUAAGGGAGCUAAUGAAGUAGUCUUUUUGAUAUGAGGAAUGGCUACUUACUAUAAAUCAAGGCAACUUCUACUCUGAGAUGAAGAAUACAGGUAGUAACAUUGUACUUGGAGCUGUGACAUUGUGGUUAAGGCAUUCCUCUCCUACACCAAAUGUUCUGGUUCGAAUCCUAAACAAAAAUGUCUUGAUUUUUCUCACAGUUAAUGAAAACAACUACAAUUCUUUGUUUCUGGUACAGCUUUGAGGUUCCCGAUUUUUUUUUUUUGGCCUCUGUAAAUAGUCUGAAAUCUGAAAGUAGAUAAAAUGUAGUGUUUAGAUGUGAGAUACCAUAAAUAGAGAUAACCAAUAUUAUUAUUGAAAUGGGAAAAACAAAUCUGACAAAAUAAAAAAAAAAAAAAAAAAAAAAAAAAAAAAAAAAAAAAAAAAAAAAAAACAGUAAAUAUUUUAUAAUCCAUAACUUGCAUUUUCCUAUAUUAAUGAGUAAAUACUGUACAAGUACUAAAUUUUAUAGGUUUCAAUUUAAAGUUACUACACGUUUUUGUGGUAUCCAAAAUGAAGCCUCAUCUUCACUGUAAUUGUCAAAAAGCUGGGCCAAGAAUCAUGUCUUUUAACGAAAAUAAAUUAGGUCAAAAAACCAAAAUUGUCAACAUUUUCUUUUUCAGAAUAAGGAAUAACAAUAACAACAAUAAAUCAAUAAAAGGGCAAAAAAAGAGAGCAAAGCUUGAAAAACAGACUAUUAUUCCCUUCGAUCGAUGUUUAUUUGUCCUACACUAACUGUAUUUUUAGCUUCAAAGAAUUUUCUGCCGAUAAUGUGACUAAGUUUACUGGUACUAAUGACUUAACAAUUGAGGUUUACAAUGGGUAAAUCUUUCAGUUAGCUAACAGUAAUGCCGGUUGUUGUGGUCUACCUUUGACACUAUAUGUCUCUACCAGCACUUGUCAGCAUUCUCAACUUAAAUCUUUAUUCCUAAGACAUUGUCACUUUCUCUUGUUUGGCGUGUUAGUGUUAAUACCUUUGCUACACAAUUACAUAUAAAGAUAAUCCUGAAUACCCUAGCAUGUCUCAAUCUUAUAAAUAGAAUCUAUCAAACAAACAAACGAGAAUGUUCAACAAACUGAAAGGUUUGCGUGAUUCGGUCAGCCGUAAAGGCAUUGUGCGACGGAUAAGCCAGCGCAAGAUCAAGAACCGCCGUAAUAAGCAUGCGGAUUUUGAGAUUGAUGACAAUGAUUUACUCUUGGCUGAAGCCUACACUCUGGUCUUGGAAGACAGUGAACAACGAUGGGAGAAACUUUCUGAGAAUUUAUUGGAUGUUGUCGUGAACUGUGUGAGUAAUGGCGUGCCAACAUGUUAUCGUGUUAUUGCGUCUGAGAUGGAUCAUGUUUGGAUGGAUGUCAGUGUCUCUAUACCAGGUACGCAGAUAGAGAAGAAAAGCGAUUGUUUUGUGCAGUGGCGGGACAUUAGCGUCGGUGGUGCUUGGGGUUUGAACUUCGUGUCACCUGAAGAAGCUGAACAUUUUCUAACACUUUGCAAGCCUACUGGUGAUAUUGAUUUUAGUAAGUUGGACCUCUCUGGAAAUAUUUCCUCGUCAUCGCAAGCAUCUAAUUCCGGACUAUAUUCUCCAGAUUGUUCUAUUCCAGUUACAAACGUUGAUGACUUAUUGAAACAGGAUAAUUCGUUUGCUAGCGAUGAGAGUCCAGAGAAACGAGAGCGAACCAAAAGCCAUAGUAUCUCGCCUAACGCACCGCAAGGAAUAAAAGCAAAACUACUACGUAAACGAAGUAAUACUAGUAAGUCUAAAUAUCGCAAUUCUUUUGGCACAAGUCCUAAUGUUUCUACUGUCACAGAAUCACAGGAAUCUGCUUACGACAAUAUUGUGAAUAAAUCGCCAAGGUCUGUUGGAAGCCCGUUAAAUAAAAACUUGGUACCAGGGAACAAAUAUCUGGCCGUCCAAAGUGAGCCAUCUAUAAAUAAACAGUUUGAUUCGCAGGACAUUGAUACCAUCCACGAAGACGCUGCGUACACACCUCCGAGGGUUGUAGUUAGCACUGAAUUGCUGGAUCGAACCGGCCGAGAUACGCAACAACAGAGUGCCAGCUAUGACCAACUGGAGACAUUUCGUUCGCGUGCUAUGACAGAUACAAGUCUGCCACGGAAUUCGCCAAAUGUUGUUAAACGACGCAUAAAGAGCCCGCGACUUGGAAACUCCCGUCCCAUAAGCACGGACGUUGACAGCCAAAUCGAUAUGGAACCGACAACAGAAAUAUUGGAAGCAUACCAGAUGCAUUUGCAGAGUUCAACCGAAUACGCUGAUAGCGGUUUCAGUGGAACAGAGACAAUUACGACAAGCUCCUCUGGUAUUUUCCACGGACUACCCCAUUUAAAUGGUGGGGGAAGUGACAGCGGUAGUAGCAUGUCUAAUGGAGAUAGGGGCAGUUUUGCUAACAGUAAAGAUGGCAAAAGUUCUAUGCCUGAUGAUUUUAGUAAAAUCCUUAGUGAUGAUGAUGAAGAAGAGGAAGAUGAAGGGGAGGGUGACAGCCAUUCUAUGGGGUCCCAGCAGACGAAGGCAUCUUGCUCAAGACAACGGGGAGCGACUCGGAAAGCUGGGUGGUUAAGCGUGAGGUCCUUACUUGUGUGCCGGAAAAAGAAAGUUGAAAAAGCUUCUAAGAAACGAUGGAAAGACUAUUGGGUUUGUUUGAAAGGAACUCUUUUAUUGUUCUUCGUCUGUGAUGAAAAGAAUGCCCCUGAUGAGAACAGUGAACCUAGACAUAUUAUUGUUGUUGAGGGUGGUAUUGCACAGGCGGUUCCCGAACACCCCAAGAAAGACAACAUAUUUUGUCUGAGCACGGCAUUCGGAGAUAGCUAUUUAUUGCAGGCCCCAACACAGAUAGAGCUUGAAAACUGGAUCACAGCCAUCCACUCGGCAUGCUCAUCAGCGUUUGCAAGGCAGCAUGGGAAGGAUGAUACACUCAAAUUGCUGCGGAACUACUUUCAGAAGCUAGAAGAGCAGAUUAGUAAUGAGACAAAGAUGAAGAAGAUGGCGGAAUUGCAGUUAUCUGUUGUGAAGGAUCCAAAGAAUAAAGAUGCAAUUAAAAACCAGGUACUACAAUGGGGCUACAACCUAGAGAAGUUCCACCUAGAAUCGUAUAGGCUACGCUGCUACCAAGCCUCUCUCCAAGGCUCGGAACUCCCGAAUCCAAAGACCCUACUGGCCUGCGUUUCCAAACCAACCAAAACUUCCCUUAGUAAACUCGGAUAUUUCUCCGUUUCUUCCUUCCAUUCAAUGGUCAGUGCUCGCGCCCCCAUCGGCAUGCAGGGACAUUUUUCAAAACCAAAGAGCAAGAAUUGGUUCGGCACCCUAAGACGAGGUGAUUCUGCUAAAAAUAGACCAACUAUAUUAAGUCCUGCUGGAGGUGACGAUAAUCAAACAACUGAAAGCAAUACACAGGAAAAUGAAGAUGAACAUGAAAAUAUAAUGAAUGGAAGCCAUCAUCAAGAUGAGCAUGAGGAGUUACCUCGGUGCGAGUCGUCCUUGUCGGACAUCAACUGCGACGGUAUGACUAUUAAGAUCAAACUGCCGGACAAUCAUAGUGUCAUGGCAACGAUUAAGCCAGGAAUGACUGUACAAGACUUACUGGUUUCUAGCUGCAGCCAACGCCAAAUGGAUUACCACAACUUUUAUGUACGAUUUAAGCAAUCAAUGAAAUUUGGUUUUAAUUAUGAAAUUCCUGAAAAAUCAGUCGUCGUAGAGCUAGGGAAAUUUGAUGAAAUUGACAUUUGUGCAAAAAGCAUUCACCAAGUGGAGCUCUACAUGUUCAACGAUGAAAUGAAAUUUGGUUUUUCAGUUGAAGCUGAGCUAGGCGAUAAUGAGGAACAGGAAGACCAACUGUGUGUGUUUAUUAGUGAUGUAGAAAAAGAUUGCCUCGCAUAUCACCAUGAUUUACAAGUUGGUGAUGAACUUUUAGUCAUCAAUGGCAAAGUAGUCUGCGAUCUUGACAUGAUCUACAUUGAGAACCUGAUAGCCAAUGAAGCAACCCUCACGUUAACAGUACGAUCGUGUAGGACGAUCUUCCCACAAACCAAUGCAAUGGAGGAGACCAAUAAGAUCAUUGAUCAGUUGACGUGUCCACCGCCACCAUCGCAGUCGCGAUUGACCGACGAUAUGCUGCAUGAUCUCGUUAUUCCUGCCCCCAAUGUUUUUGGAGAUGAUGGGGAAGGGGAUUAUGAUGAACUUCCAUCUGAGACUUCGUUGAACUCCACAUCCAAGAGUUUAAAAUACAUGUACGAUCCAAACGAGGAGGAAGAAAUGAACAAAGAAAACAAAGCCAAAGAUAAAGGCGAGAUUGAACAGCUACUCAAAGAUGCCGAGCAGCUCACAGAACUUUGUCGCACGGUGCCGUCUCGGCACAAUUCAGUUGCAGAUAGUAUGUCAAACGGUACAGAUGAGGAUCAACGGGUCGCUGCGAGUCGGCUACGGAAGGUGAUCAUGGAGCUGAUUGACACAGAGCGAGGAUACCUUAAGGAUUUAAACGUUCUGGUGGGAAGGUAUCUGGAACCUCUGCAGACAGAAUCAUUCCUUUCUGCUGAUGAAAUUGAUUCCUUAUUUGGCAAUGUGAAAGAAAUAAUAAAAUUCCAGAAGACAUUCCUAGGAUGUUUGGAAGACUCACUGGAAGUAGAGUCUGGAUUUACAAAUCUCACUGACCCAACAGCCUUCAAACCUGUAUUAGUUUCCAUUGGCGAUUCGUUUCUCCUGUACAUGGACUACUUCAAGUUGUACAGCUCCUUUUGCGCGAGUCAUUCCAAGGCACAGAAGAUCCUUCAACCGGCAUCAGACAAUGCCCCCCUCAUGGCAUUCCUCGAUGCCAGAAACCCAAAGCAUCAGCAUUCCGCAUCUUUAGCAUCAUACUUGAUCAAACCAAUCCAGAGGGUGUUAAAAUACCCGCUACUGAUCAUGGAAAUGAGAAGUAGUAUUGAAAAGGAAAGUGAGGAAUAUAAAAACCUAAGCAAAGCGCUGAAAGGAAUGGAACGUGUAGCCGAACACAUCAAUGAAAUGAUGCGCGUACAUGAAGAAUUCGGUGAAGUAUUUGACUCGUUAGUGUCGGAACAAUACCACGUUUUGAAAGAGGUACCUGACCUAGCUAUGGAUGACCUGUUGAUGUAUUCGAAUGCAAGAUGGCUGAACUGCCAGGAUGACAUUGGAAAGGUGAAGAAGGGAAAAGAGCCAGAAGUAAUUAUAUUUGUAUUCCGGCCAGCGAUCGUAAUAAUUUAUAAGGAAAAGAACAAGCGAAGGAGUAAGUAUCCAACAAAUGCAACUGGAACACUGAAAGGGAAUCCCUCGGAUGAAGUGAUUCGUUUUAAGUGGAUGAUUCCUGUUGCCUACCUUCAAGUGCGGGAAAGCACCGUAAACGACACUGAGUAUUUAAGUCUUUGGGAGCUUGUGCACGUCAAGUCAGCUGGAAGUCCAGAAAAGCUGUUCCAAUUCUCUUGCUGCACAUUGGCCAAGAAGACAUCAUUUGUGAAAUCCCUCAGGAGCAUAAUUAAAGAGCAUAACCGUGCGAAAGCAUUACCGGGUGGACGAUACAACUCACUUAAAAAGAAGAAGGCCUAUCAACCAAUGUUUGGAAAACGCAUUACACCUAAACGAAAAACAAAAACAGAGGAUCUAACUGACAGCCCUUCAAUGAAAGAACUUAAUGAAACCAGUUCACAAGCAAGUGACAAAUCAAGCGAUGGCAGUUCGCAAAUCAAUUCCCUGCGCUCAGACGACGGGAUCGAUUAUGAAAAGAUCUUAGAGAAUGAACUCGAACUCGGACGUUACAACGAACAAGGAAUCCAUGCAUUACCGCUGAAUUUCAAUUCCAAUAAUAAUAUUAUGCAUACUAGUCAUAUGAACAAUGCACAACCAUUUUUCCUGAGUCCAUCUCCUCGCAGAUCAAAAGCGGCAAAACAUGCUGAGGACGUUUGUAUAGAUGAUGCAACAAGGGAAGUGGAAGAACUUAUAAGAGAACUCGAAAAUGUUACCAUAGAUAGAAAAGUUAAGCAGAGCGAUACGCAAUACAACACGUUUCCCACAAAACGUAGCGUAAAUCGUGUACACAGCGAUGAAAUGGAUCAGGUUGAUAAAAAUACAGUUGCCAGUCUGAACUCUGGUUUAGAUGCGUUGUGCUUGGACACUAAUUUGAACGGCUUAACAGGAUUAUUACUCGAUGUGCCGCUAGUCUCUAAAUCAUUAAGUGGAUCAUCGUAUGAUAAUCUGUGUCAUUCUGAAGAUGAUUCUGUUGAACGGAAUCAAAUGCUUCAAAAUAAACAGAUGCAUAGACGUGGCAUGGUAUUUUACAGUGAAGAUAAUCAAUAACA